CAAGUUAUGUUUAGUUGCUGGAACAGAACUUACUAUAUCGAUAUAUCGAAACUUUGUAUAAUCGUGAUACAUCGAAAUGCGAUUAAUUUACGGUGGAUGAUUUUUCCAUUCGAUAUAUUCACAGGCGAGAUAUCGAUAUGAUCGUGAACCUGCAUUAGUGUUUCAUGAUAUCAGUUGGUGUAACAUUGAUUGCAGCAUCAUUAUGCUUUAUAAUUUCAUAUGUAAUUCAUAGUUUCUUAAAUAAAAUUGCAAUGAUCACGUUAUCGUGAUACUUUCCGAAAUCCAGAUUGUAUACUGACGUAAACUAAUAAACGGACUAACGAUGUAUGUAUUGCGAUGUAUGGUAACAAAACAGUUCGGUACGAAUUACAUUCGAAAUGGAAGUAGGUCAGCUUCUUCUUUCGGACAAUACGAAAAAUAUGGAAGAUUUUACGAAUAUCGCAGUAGAAUAGCAUUUUGGUUAAAAGAACAGAGCGGUCUGGUAGCCGAAGCUUGUGCCAGACAGUUUGAAUUUAUUGCUGCUCAACGUAUCAGAAGGACUUUGCAAUUAUUCCAUUUGUAUACACGAAUAUGGGAUGAAAUAGCGCUUAAAGAGUUUAUGAAAACUUGGAAACGUAGUACCUUGAUAAAUGCUAAGCAUUUUUUAUGGAGCAGCAUUGGUAUAACAACAUACAAUUGGGAUCGUGAAAGAAUAAGCGAAGAAGAAUUGAAAAGCUAUAAACAAGAGAUUAAAGUAAUCGACAAGUUGAAAGAGUCUACGGUCAUGUGCGCAAAAUGUCAUCAAAGGAUCAUAAUAGACACUCAGCAACCUGGCAUUAAUUAUUGUACUUGUUAUAGUGACAAAUUUAAUGCCACUGUCAAUCAAGAUCCAGAUGGAUGGAGACCGUACAUAGAACGGCAAGAUAUGCUAAUUUGGAGGAGAGAAGAACCAAAUUCCGGUGGUCUGUUUGCAUAUAAAGUGUAUGGUUCGUUCUCUGACGUUACCGCUGAAGACUUUUUGCAAACUCAAAUAGAUCUUGAUUAUCGAACAAAAUGGGAUCCAACCGCUCGAGAAAUCCGAGUCAUAGAUACCGAUCCGAAAUCACCAAAAACAAUCGAUAAUGGUGCCGAUAUUAUAUAUUGGGAAACAAUAUGGCCGAGAUUAUUUACUAAUAGGGACUACGUAUUUCAACGACGAUGGCUUGUGGAUAAAGAAAAGCGAUUAAUCGUAAUUAUAAGCAGAGUAACGGAACAUCCUAGUGCGCCCACGAAACCAGGAACAUACAGGGUCACAACAUAUUGGUCGUACAUGGUGAUAAAGUCUUAUACAGAACUUCAUCAGCCAGGCAUUGAAUUUGGAUUGACCUACUUUGACGAUUCUGGUGUAAAUAUUCCCUCUGCGAUUACUGCGUGGGUCGCAAUGUCAGGAUUACCAGACUUUCUAAUUCGUAUGAGACAAGCAUCGAAAAAUUAUCAAAGUUAUAAACGUACAAAAGAGGAUACAGAUAUUUCUAAUACCGACUAUGUUUCCUCGGGCGAUGAGAUUGUAUACGAACAUAACGUGGAAAACAGUAAGACGCAAAGAGAUAAAGAAAAUGAAACACCGAAGAAAAAUGACGAGAAGAAAUGUGAUUUUGUUGAUGAAGUUAAAACCUUAACAUUGACAGAAACGCAAGAAAGUGAUCCAAGUGACGAAGAUACAGAAAAUACGGAAAACUCGACCAACGAAGGCAGGGGUUUAUUACGUUAUUUCUUCCUUAUAAAAUAAUUUGUUUGACCAAUAAUUGCAAUAUAUUUGAAAUAAUGAAAUUGGUUUUGGCCAAUAGAAAGACUUUAACGUGACGCCGUGCAAGCGGAAUGGUAGUGUAACAACCGCGAUCUCGACACAAUACAGAUUCGAAUGAAUAAUACAUUGGAUCACCGACGUUAUUACAACGAUGAUAUUGUACAUUUUCGAUCAGGAUCAGAAGGAAAAAUUUCUAAAAAUACCACAUUGUAACUAUUUGUUUCUGUAGUAUUUUGUACUUUGUAACAAAUAUGGCUCUUGUUAUAUUCAUAAUUAAUUUCGCUCAUACUCUUCGUUGCAUGAUAGUAGAGAACAAAUGGGGGAAAAAGGGGCUAAAGUUGGAAAAGGUCCAGAGGUAAACACAGAAUUUCUACAUCUUUUUCUAUGUUUACAUAAUACAUUACACAAUUAGAAUGCUGUGUUGUAUCUAUGUACA